AUGGAAGAGGCGGCUAUCGAAAACGUCUUCGCGGCGGACCUCCCCGGGGAGGUGCGGGCCCGGCUGGCGGAGGUGGGGCCCCGGGUCGGGGACUUUCUCACACGGCUGCUGGAAACGCGGCCGGGGUGCCCGGGGGUGGCUUUUAUCACCAGUGGCCGGACCUCGGUCCCGUUGGAGCGGAAGUCGGUGCGGUUUAUCGUCAACAUCAGCUCCGGCGCCCGCGGGGCGGGCCUCGCGGAGGCGUUGAUGGUCGAACACGGCUGGGCCUGCAUCCUGCUCCACCACGACCACGCCGCCCGCCCUUUUCGCCGCAAGGUCGACGCGCUCACCGACGAGGCCCUCUUCCAGCGCCUUCGGCCAACUCCCCAGGGGAGGGAAACGAGAGCGGAGGUGGUGAUCGAGACCGCCGGGGCGAAUUUCGCGAAAACCCGCGACCUCCUCCUCCGGAUCCCGUUCAAUACGGUGAUGGAGUAUCUUUAUUUGCUGCGAGAGGUCUCGCGGGCGGUGAGCGCGCACGCGGGGUUCGCCGACCGCCCCCUGCUCUGCUUCGCCGCCGCCGCCGUCGCCGAUUAUUACGUCCCGCUCGCCCGGCAGGCCGCGGAGAAGAUUAGCGGGGGGGAAGGCCUCGUCCUGCGGCUGGAAAACGUCCCGAAGAUGCUGGGAGUGCUCAAGAAGUCCUGGCUAAGGCGUCCGCAGGCGGCCGUCCCCGGCAAGGUCGUCCGCCAACCUUAUUUGGUCAGUUUCAAACUCGAAACUAACGAGGCGGAGAUGCGGACGAAGUCGGUGAAAAACCUCCGCCAGUACGCGAACGAUGCGGUGGUCGGCAAUAUACUGCAUAACUACCACGAAAUGGUGUGGAUCUACACCCACGACGGCGAUGAUCACAACCCGCUAUGGGUAAAAAAAGAGCCAGGGAGGACGAUCGAAUCCUAUCUCUGUGAUUUCUUCAUUUCAAAGGUGAAAGACCACUGA